UUCUUAUUUUUUUUCAAUUGUCUAACAGAAACGAUGGUGAGAGUUAGCGUUUUGAAUGAUGCUCUUAAGAGCAUGUAUAAUGCAGAGAAACGGGGCAAGCGCCAGGUCAUGAUCAGACCAUCCUCCAAAGUGAUAAUCAAGUUUCUUCUUGUUAUGCAGAAGCAUGGUUACAUUGGUGAGUUUGAGUAUGUUGAUGACCAUAGAGCUGGAAAGAUUGUGGUUGAAUUGAACGGUAGGCUGAACAAGUGUGGUGUUAUCAGUCCCCGUUUUGAUGUGGGUGUCAAGGAGAUUGAAGGGUGGACUGCCAGAUUGCUUCCCUCAAGACAGUUUGGAUAUAUUGUUCUAACCACUUCAGCUGGCAUCAUGGACCAUGAAGAGGCUAGAAGAAAGAAUGUUGGUGGUAAAGUGCUUGGUUUCUUCUACUAGGAUGCACUUGUUUUCCAGUUUGGAUUGAGGAUUUUCUGGUUAUCUACGAGAGAAGUUUUUGGUUGUACCUUUGGAACUUGCUUUGCUGUAGGGAUUAGUACUAUUAUUUUUGUUUCAAAGUGAAAGUAGUGUUGAUUACCUAUAUUUAAAGACUGAGGUUGUUAUCCUCGUUCUUCUUUGUUGUUAUCAGAAGAGAGUUUGAUUUUGGUUCCAAUGAAGAAAUUAAUCUGUGAUUUCAUGAUUUUGA